CAACCGAAAGUAAAACUAGCGAUAUAAAACCAAGGAGUAUUAUGAUCAACAAAUGAUGUAUCAUGGAAAGACCCAUGUGAUGUCAUGUGGAGAUACAAAAAACACAACGCGACAGUAAUCGUUGACAAUCAGACUCCAGUGUACGUGCAGUGCAGACGUAGUCAUGGCCGACAUGUUUAAUAUGUUUGUGAAAGGACCAGAGAGGAAAACAAAACGAAUUCAAAUACAAAAGGAUGCCUCUGUCGACGAAUUGCUGAACAAGAUAUCGAAGAUAAAUGGAAUUCCUAUUCAAGAUCAGAAGAUUUUAUAUACCAGUUGCCGACUGGAAUAUGGAUGCGGCAAGUAUUUGUCAGAUUAUGAAAUGACAAACGGUUCCACAGUAUAUGUAGUUUUACUUCUGGAAGGGUCUAUAAAGGAAUUCGUAGAAAACUCCGAAAACCAUCCACCUAUUAAAGAAAUCGCAGACGAUACAUAUACACGAAAGAGAGGACGUUGCGACGUUUCGUUCACAGACGACCCGGAUAUGAUCACUUUGGAUGAUGACCCAUACAGUCCACGGAUUAAGAUGUCUUGCGGACAUAGCAUUGGCCCUGAAUCCUUAAAAUCAUAUUGCCAAAGUCUUCUUGAUGGUGGACAGUCCCAAUUCGUCUGUCCGUAUAUAGACAGUAAUGGAAAGUGCGGUGAAAGGUGGCCAUUCUUCUUAGUCCGUCGCCUGGUAUCUUUGACUGCAGAAGAAAUCACCGAGUUUGAAUCCAAACUCUGUGAGAACUACACGCGCAAAACCUUCAGUGUUCAGGAAUGUCCUGGAUGCCACUCUGUCUGUGAAAGGAAGAAGAGUACCGACCGCCGUGUGCUGUGCCCGUGGUGCUCCAGAGAUGGAAGCCGGUAUGAAUUCUGCUGGUCGUGUCUGCAUACGUGGACGGGGAAUGGGACUUGCGGAAACAGCGACUGCCCCGGAGAAGAUCCCCGUCAAAGGAUCCUGCGCGACGCCCCGAAGAAAACCGUGGACGGUGUUGCCAGCUGUCCAUCACGCCGUGCGUGCCCCGCCUGCUGGACGCUCAUAGAACACGUGGAGGCCUGCAGACAGAUCAUCUGUCCGUGUGGGCAGACAUUCUGCUUCAUCUGCCUAACUAAAGCUAAUGCCAAUGGCAGUUUCCCACGUGGUUCCCACGUCACUUGUUGCAUUGCUGCGAUCCAAGAAGUAGUUUCUGCUUCUUAAGAGUUCAUAGCUAUAUCUUCAGCUUCAUCUGCCUAACUAAAGCUAAUGCCAGUGGCUAUUACCCACGUGGUUCACACGCCUAUUGUUGCAUUGCUGCGAUCCAAGAAGUAGUUUCUUAAGAGUUAAAUCUAUAUCUGGUAUUUUUCAUAUACGUAAUGUAUGUCACAUUUCUAAGUAGUAAUGGAAUAAUAUAAAAGAAAUUGCUGCAGCUUUUGUUUAGUUUGUUUUGUCUAUUUUGACAUUCCUAAUUAUUCGUUCUAAUUAUUUGUACAUCUGUUAAUUCGCUCACCUUAAAACCAUCGAAUUGAAUUAGUAGUAGUGAGGCUGUAUUCGUUGUGGGUGUGUUUGUUUGG